AUGCUCUCCCGACGGGGUGGUCGAGGAGGAGCCGGCGUCAUCAGCGGCGGGGGGGAUCGUCACAGGGGUCGGUCUUUUGGCUGGCAACCUCGAGGUUUGGCAGAACUCGAAGGCCCUAUAUGGGCGGCAUGUGAGCGAGUUCGCUGGCUGAUUGAGGGAGGAGGCGCUGGAGGUCUGAUGAAAAUCUUGGGUAGGGCCGCAACCCGAACAGGGGCAGCGGCGGCCGGGGCAUUAGCCAGUUCGGCCAAGGUAGCUCGCUGCCGGGCGUGCCAGCUAUAG